CGGCCGGCCCUGAUCGCCCCUUCCCCCCUCCAGAUGGCUCGCACGCAAAAGAAUAAGGCCACGGCCCACCACCUGGGGCUGCUGAAGGCCCGCCUGGCCAAGCUGCGGCGGGAGCUGAUUACACCGAAAGGAGGCGGCGGGAGCGGGCCCGGAGAAGGUUUUGAUGUUGCAAAGACUGGCGAUGCCCGAAUUGGUUUUGUGGGCUUCCCUUCAGUGGGGAAAUCUACUUUGCUGAGCAACCUUGCUGGUGUUUACUCGGAAGUAGCUGCGUAUGAGUUCACUACCCUAACCACAGUUCCAGGAGUGAUCCGGUACAAGGGAGCCAAAAUACAGCUUCUUGAUUUACCAGGAAUUAUUGAGGGUGCCAAAGAUGGGAAAGGCAGAGGUCGCCAGGUCAUUGCAGUUGCCCGAACCUGCAACCUGAUCCUGAUAGUUCUGGAUGUUCUGAAGCCUCUGGGACAUAAGAAGAUAAUUGAGAGUGAGUUGGAGGGCUUCGGGAUACGUCUGAACAGCAAACCUCCCAAUAUCGGUUUCAAGAAAAAGGACAAAGGAGGCAUUAACCUCACGGCCACAUGUCCACAGAGUGAGCUAGAUAUCGAAACCGUGAAGAGCAUCUUGGCAGAGUAUAAAAUUCACAAUGCUGAUGUCACCCUGCGGAGCGAUGUGACUGCAGAUGACCUCAUUGACGUGGUUGAAGGAAACAGAGUUUACAUCCCAUGCAUAUAUGUGUUGAACAAAAUUGAUCAGAUCUCCAUUGAGGAACUGGACAUCAUUUACAAAGUGCCCCAUUGUGUUCCAAUCUCUGCUCAUCACCGGUGGAACUUUGAUGACUUGCUGGAGAAAAUCUGGGACUACCUCAAACUUGUGAGAAUCUACACUAAACCCAAAGGGCAACUCCCGGAUUAUACCUCUCCAGUAGUAUUGCCUUACUCUCGGACCACUGUGGAAGAUUUCUGCAUGAAGAUUCAUAAAAACCUAAUUAAAGACUUUAAAUAUGCCCUUGUGUGGGGCUCAUCUGUCAAGCACAACCCUCAGAAAGUGGGAAAAGAUCAUACUCUGGAGGAUGAAGAUGUAAUUCAGAUAGUGAAGAAAUAAAAAAAAAACCCUCUGGCCCAUCAGUUGUGACUCCUUUCAAAAAAGACUAGAUUAUAAAACUUCCCUGGCUUGCCAAAUGGUUGCGUGGAUGUGAACGCAACUGUGCCAGUUAGCUGGUGGGCUGAUUAAAGUCUGUUUCCUGAGGGGGGGAGGGGGGCACCGCAAAGGCCCGGCUUUGUACAGCUGUUUCACCGAGUUCCCAUUUUUGCCCUGGGAAGACUCCAGGCAAUGGAGCCUUUAUGCUGCCAACUUAAAUUAGGCUGCUGAUAGCAACAAGGAUGAAAAUGUACAACCCUCCUUUGUUACAGUAUGUGGAUUUGUAUACAAAAGUGGCGGUCCUGUCCUUAUUACUGAUUGAUGUAAAUAAAGUCUACGGGCGAAAGCUGGGAGACGACAUUCACGUCAAAA